UAGCCGAUUCGAUGCUCAAAUGCAUGUAUCGAACAUCAACAUGAGGAUGGGGUAUCUUUCAACAAUUUUUGUAAAUAAAGCCUGUUUAAUAUUAAAUCAAUUACGUUAAUUAAAUGGUUGUCUUGAAAAUGAAUUGAUAUUAUCAGUAACAUCAAAUGAAGAAGCAGGAUUUGAAAAAUUAUAUCGUCAAUGGGGUAUUGAUAAAUAUAUUGAUCAAGGUUUAACAGAAAGAUUUUACUUUAUAUCAACUAAUCAAAAUAAUUGUUUUAUUAAAUUAGAAGAAAAUGGCUUAUUAGCGUAUGUUUAA